GGAAGCGGGAGGGCAGAGCGAAACAGGAAAAGAAGGGAAGAAGGAAGCAGAGGGAAGAAGAGAGGGAGGAGGAGGGGUGGCGGCGCCGUGGCGGAGGAGCAGGAGCAGGAGGGGGAUGGAGAGGAGAAGGCUCCUGGGUGGCAUGGCGCUCCUGCUCCUCCAGGCGCUGCCCAGCUCCCUGUCAGUGAGGGCUGAGCCCCCGCAGGAUAAGGAAGCCUGUGUGGGUACCAACAAUCAAAGCUACAUCUGUGACACAGGACACUGCUGUGGACAGUCUCAGUGCUGCAACUACUACUAUGAACUCUGGUGGUUCUGGCUGGUGUGGACCAUCAUUAUUAUCCUGAGCUGCUGCUGCGUCUGCCACCACCGCCGAGCCAAGCACCGCCUUCAGGCCCAGCAGCGGCAACACGAAAUCAACCUGAUUGCCUACCGGGAAGCCCACAAUUACUCAGCGUGGCCGUUUUACUUCAGGUUUUUGCCAAACUAUUUGCUACCUCCUUAUGAGGAGGUGGUGAACCGCCCUCCGACUCCUCCCCCUCCGUACAGUGCCUUCCAGCUACAGCAGCGGCAGCUGCUGCCUCCUCAGGGCGGCCCUGCAGGCGGCGGCCCCGCAGGCGCUGACCCGCCGCAGGGCUCCCACGGAGCACAGAGCAGUCCUUUGUCUGGACCGAGCAGAAGCAGCACAAGACCCCCAAGUGUCGCAGAUCCUCAGUCUCCUGACGUGCCCACUGACCGGGAAGCCACCAAAGCCCCUGGGAUGGAGCCCAGCGGCCCCGUGGCCGGCCACGGGGAGCUGGAUCCAGGGGCCUUCCUGGACAGGGAUUCAGAGUAUAAGGAGGAGCUUCUGAAAGAUUCGAAUUCCGAACCUGGCAGCGUCCCCACCGACAGCAAAGACAAGACACCCAGCAGGCACCGCCGCUUCACAGGCGACUCGGGCAUUGAGGUGUGUGUGUGCAACCGGGGCCACCACGAUGACGACCUCAAAGAGUUUAAUACACUCAUCGAUGAUGCUCUGGAUGGGCCCCUGGACUUCUGCGACAGUUGUCACGUUCGGCCUCCUGUUGACGAAGAGGAAGGGCUCUGCCUGUCCUCGGAGGGGCAGGUGCGAGAGCACGGGCACCCCCACGUGCCACGGCCGCCCACGUGCCUGCUGCUGAACACCAUCAGUGAGCAGGACUCCCCAAACUCACAGCGCAGCAGCUCCCCCAGCUAGGACAGGCCCUGCCUGCACCCAGGAGCUCAACGACAACCAGGGUCGGGGACACCCAUGAGAGAAGCAUUAAGUGACUUGUACAAGUGGUCCGGCCACUUUGUCCUCUUAUUUUUUUAUCCCUCCUGUCCCACCUCGCCCACAUCUCCAGGUACAGAUUCAGGGUGUGGAUGCCUCCUCUCCCCACAAAAGCACAGUGUUCUAGAAGAACACUAGGAGAAGCUGUUUCUGUGACUCAUUCCGCAUCCCCCCCACUUCAGAGCUGUGGCUUGCCUACCCACUUGGCUGAGAGGACUGGGGCUGGACUGCGCCCUAAGGUGGUUCUCAGUGACGGAGUGGAUUCACAAGAGAACUGUCUCAGUCUGGGAGACACAGUGUAUCUUGGCCCUGAAUGAAGAAAGAAGCGCUCAGGGGCCUGGAGACUGUCACCUGUGGCUGCCAGCAGGGACUGUCACCUGUGGCUGCAGAGCCAGUACUGGUCAGAUCCUGUGGGAGGGUGAGAGCAGGCAGGCAGGGUGGCGAGGGACUGGGUAAUCUGACAAAGUACAUAUCUGCGCAUUGAGGAGGGGACCCUUCCCAGCAGGCUUUGGCCAGCCUUGGCCUGGGUCAGGUAUAGAAGGUUAUAGUAUGUUCUCCGUGUUUUCCUUUAAAAGCAAGUCACAGAGGCUAGCCGGAAAGAAGGACCAGGUCAGUGGGCAGGUGGGAAUUCUCUUCUGGACAAGGGAAGUCUGCUGCUUCUUUUCCCCAGGCUGAGUUCCCAAGAGUCUGACUACUGUCGGGCCAGGAGGAGAGUCUGAACUGGCCUGAUGGCCGUAGCCUUGGCCCUUCCGUUGAGGAGACCUGAGUCUCAAGGCUGGUAGAGAUGAUAACCCCCUUCACUUCUGCCCUUUGUCCGCGCCCACCCAUGAUCAGUGGCCCUCGCCCCUCCUGAACACAGCCUGCAGUCUCUGUCUCCCUCCCUGUCCUCUGUAAGCAGAUGGACUAAGGAACACUAAUUGUGUUCAGGGCAAGGCGGCCUCAUAGCCUGGCUGUCACACAGUAGUUCCUGUUGCAUUUGACUAAGUGUUGUUUGUGUCUUUGUUUGCUUUAACUUGACCACUUAGAAGGAACACCUCGGUUAUCUGUGGCUGCUGUGGCCCUAGCCUGCUGGAGAAGCAUGAGUCACUUUCCUGUCCAGCCUGUGUAAAGAGUCACCUGGGUAGGAGGUGACAGCUGCCUCCCCUCCAGCAGACCUUGGGGCAGGAGACUUGGUCAUGCUCUGUCUGGAGAAAAGAGCCUCUGAGAGGAACAUUCCCCACCCCGCCCUGCUCAUUCGAAGAGUUUGGUUCCUCCCUGCUCUUGAACGGUGAUGAUGCUUGGACUGCCAUUAUGGUGAGAAAGGAAAGAAGGAAGAAAACCCAAGUCCAUCUGUAAACACACAGACAGACCGGAGGCUGUAAGGUUGACAACGAGUCUGCAUUUAGAUACCACAAACCAAAAUCCUUGUCGAACAAAAGUGAAGUCUACACAGUGAUGUUGGAUGGCGUGUGUGUGUGUGUGUGUGUGUGUGUGUGUGUGUGUGUGUGUGUAUUUGUGUGUUUGUGUGUGUGUGUUUGUGUGUGUGCGUGCGCAUGCGUGCUGUGGUAUGUGGCCCCGAGCCCUGUGUUCCUGUGAAGAUACUUUGAAUGGCCAUUCUGCUCACAUCAUCCACAUGCCUGGAGCACGUAUGGCCCUCUCAAGGUAAUUUAUUAUUUUACACAUUUACUGUUUACCGAACAAUCUUCUGACCGUACUCGGGUGUAUUCUGCGAUCUUGUCGACGGGCGUCGCCUGUGUUUGCCAGCGACCCUGCCGUCCAGGAGAGGCUUCUUACUCAGCUCACCACUGCGAUUUGCACAUUGCUCCACGGACACUCAGAGGCCCCUAUUCUUCUGUUCCUGUUCCCCGUACGUGGAAACAUUGGGAACCAGUCCCCCUCCCUCUGCUGCUUUCAGACAGAAGCUCAAUUGAGUCUGAGUUACAAGCGUGGACUGGCUGUGGCCCAGACAUUGGCCUGCCCAGGAUCACCAGGAGUCUCUGGCGGAGACCUCGGUUCCGCAUGGCACCACUCAGCCACCAAGGUCCAGAGAGGGCUGGUGCGUGGUCAGAGGGGCCCGAGCUGCGUUCUUGUUAAAAUCCCAGACACCUCACUGAAGUGUCUCAGAGGAGAGAUAAGUUUUCCCAAAACAAAACCUGAUGGUGAGGUGGGCUCUUCUCAAGUCUCUGCCCUGGCAGUGUGAGGAGCUGGCCUGAGUGCUGACUAGCUUUACUGAAGCACCCACCAUGAUGAGCGAGCCACAGUCUGGCCCCUGCUGCUUUAGGCCACCCUGAUUCUCAGAGCGCAGGAAAUGGUGAGUUGGGGGCCAGGGAGACUUGACUUGAGUUGGGUUUCCAGGUAGGAGGAGUUGGGCAAAGGGCUUGGUGCUACGGUCAGACUUGCAGCCGCUAACACAUUCCUGUGUGAGACCCACCACCGUCUGUCAGUUAUUGUGAAUAUGUGUAUUUUAAGCAAUAAGAUUCAGCAGCUCAGACUGCCCUGGGAAGUCUGGGUGACAAUAUCCUGUGCUGUGAUUGUCCGGAAGACAGAGUGGCUCCAACCACUGUGAGAAACCCCAAUAAAAUCAGUCUCAAGUGUUCUA